CGGGGUCAUUCACAGUCUUGUCGCUCCACUCUGACGGCGUGUGUUGGAGAGGAAGGGUGAAGCAGCGCAGGACUACAGUCUCAUUAAACAACAAAUGUCCCAAACAACAGCGUUUUCAGAUAAAGCGCAAAAGGAUUCUCACGAAAGCACCCCGACUUAUGCAGGAACCGUGAGUUCAAGUGCUAGAAGGUGUCGGUGACCGUUGAUUAGCGGCUGCGCUAGCUGUUGUGCUAACACCUCGUUUGCAUCCACCGUCACCAGACAGCAUCACUCCAGCUCCAGAGUUGCCCCAAACGGAGCUCCUGCGAGCUUCUCUCACGCUCUAGGGAGCCGUUAUUGACUGGUUAUCCCGCUGGAAAAGGCGUCGGAGCUGAACCCCUCCCAGUGGCUCCUGUGCUCCCCUGUCACCUUUGCCCCCUCUCCCACCCGAAACACUGGACACACACAAGCUGCCGGAGAACGGCGAGAGGCCCGUGAAGCUGGGGGUGGUACCGGACUCGCACGCUGUCGGAGCGCCUAAAGAGAGGCUUAGUCGUGGGGACGCGCCGACGGACAUGGACGGGUUGGCGGUGGAGGUGCGCGGCUCCAACGGGGCCUUCUACAAGGGUUUCAUCAAAGAUGUACACGAAGACUCCCUCACAAUAGUCUUUGAAAACAACUGGCAACCAGAGAGACAGCUGCCGUUCAGUGACGUGAGGUUGCCCCCCCCAGCCGAUUACCACAAGGACAUUUGUGAGGGAGAUGAGGUGGAGGUUUACUCCAGAGCCAACGAGCAGGAGCCCUGCGGCUGGUGGUUGGCGAGGGUGAGGAUGAUGAAGGGAGAGUUCUAUGUGAUCGAAUAUGCAGCCUGCGACGCCACAUACAAUGAAAUUGUCACAUCGGAACGAAUCCGGCCGGUUAAUCCCAACAGCCCCUCCUCUGAAAACUCCUUUUACAAAAUCCCCAUCGCUGUACCCGAGGAUCUCAGAGACAUCUGUUUGACUGAGAACAUUCACAAAGACUUCAGGAAAGCAAUCGGAGCCAACUGCAUCUUCUACAACACCUUUACACACCAACUUAUUGUCCUGUCCACAAACGAGUGCACGGUGAAACGAGCGGCUCUACUGAGUGACAUGCACUUCCGGAGUAUUCGCACCAAACUCAUGCUGAUGUCCCGUAACGAGGAGGCCACUAAACACUUAGAGACGAGUAAACAGCUGGCGUCUGCGUAUCAGGAGGAAGUGAGGGUGCGUGAUGAUCUAAUGGGUCUGGCCAUCGGUUCUCACGGUGCCAACAUCCAGCAGGCCCGCAAAGUUUCCGGCGUCACUGCCAUUGAGCUGGAAGAAGAGAGCUGCACAUUCAGGAUCUAUGGAGAGACCCCAGAGGCUGUGAAGCAGGCCAGGACAUUUCUGGAGUUUAAGGAGGAUUCCUUCCCAGUUCCGAGGAACCUUGUAGGCGAGUUGGUUUUCUGCUCCAAAAAAAUCAACCAAAAAAUAGAAAAAAAAUCGGGCGUGGUUCGAGUCCGGAUCGAAGGGGACAAUGAUAAAAAGCUGCCCAGGGAGGAGGUAGGCAGGCAGGGGGCUGGCAGAGACAACACUGUCAGCAGCCAAGAGGGAAUGGUUCCCUUCAUCUUUGUUGGAACCAAAGAGAACAUCAGUAACGCCCAGGCAUUGCUCGAAUACCACGUGGCCUACCUUCAGGAGGUGGAGCAGUUGCGUCUUGAGCGCCUGCAGAUUGAUGAACAGCUCCGUCAGAUUGGGGUGGGAUACCGCGCACCCCCCAGCCGCUCUGGUUCAGGGGUCGCUGGCGAGCGUGAACGGGGUUACCUCACGGACGAUAGCACCAACUCCCUGCAGACCACACGCACCUACGGAGGAAGAGGACGUGGACGCAAAUCUAACAAUGCAUACUCUGGCUAUGGAACAAACUCUGAAAUGUCAAAUGCAUCCGAGACAGAAGAGAUAGGAGAGCGAGAGCUCGGGCCGAAAGGUGUUGGAGGAGAUGAGCGGGGCUCCAAGCGAGGAGGCCGUGGCCGUGGCUCCAGCGCUGGCAGGGGCCGGGGAGGACCAGGGCCACGAAUCACUAACACUAUCAGCUCAGUGCUCCGAGAUCCAGACAGUAACCCGUACUCGCUGCUGGAGGGAGAAGGUGAAUUAGGCGGUGAUACAGAUGCCAGUGAAAGCAUGGGCGGCACUGACCAUAGGAGACGUUCACGCCGUCGGCGUAACGACCAGGAACCCAGCCUCAUGGAUGCAGCCGCUAAUGAAUCCGACAGUCAGGCAGCCACCAGUGAGAACGGACUGGAAGAGGAGGGCAGGCCCCAGCGCCGCAAUAGAAGCCGCCGCCGUCGCAACCGUGGCAGUCGCCCUGAGGGAGGCUCCACCAGCCGCGACAGACAGCCAAUUACUGUUGCUGACUUCAUCUCUCGCGCCGACUCCCAGAGCAGACAGAAUCUCCCGGGGAAGGAGGAGGUGACCCAGCACACGUCCCAUCCCAAGGAAAACGGGACUAGCGUGAGUAAGGAAGGGUGCACUCCUCCUAAGCGCUCCCCUAGCAAUGGCGUGGCAUCGCCCGGGGGGGCUGUAGCCCUGGUGAAUGGCGUCUCGUAAAAAGUCAUCUCGCCCCCUCAAGACCCACGUCUAAAGCAAGACACCACGGCGAAUUCUGUCCCUGCUUGCAUUCACGUAAACCUUUAAACUGACGAAUGAAAAUCGACUAAAAUCCUUGAAGUCUAUGAGAAGAAAAUGAUACAAAAAAAAAGAAAAGACGAACGCAUCUACUUUAAACCACACGUAACGGUGUAUGUUUAUCCUAUCUAUCAGUACUUAGUGCUUAUUUAAGACAAGCUUGCCAAAAAUGAGCUGAUGGAUAUGACUCAAAUUUCUGACAUAACAGAAAACAGGACGUGACUUUUUUUUCUUUUUUUUUGUUUAUUUUCGCUGUUGUCGUUGUUGUCUUUGUUCGUUUUUGAUUGUUUGUACUCACUGGUGUGGGAUUGUGAAACACUCCCAUACAGACGCAUCUCUUAAACAGUGUUAGCUAUAGGAGGGCGGGGCUAGCAGAGAGGCGACGGGUUGAAGGCGGAGCCUCUCGUGAGUGAUUGACAGUUAAGUCUGUGGUACUCUGAAUUUAAGGGCAAAACGGGGAAACAGAGAGACAUUGUGCCUUGAAUUUGAAAAAAACUUGAGUAUUUUCUCUUUUUUUUUUUUUUUUUUUUUUCUUAAUAUUUGCAUUGUUCAUGGGAUGAAGUAAAUGGUUCCUGUUUUUUGGUGUUUUUACUUUGUCUGAGGAUUAAGAGGGGUUAGGAUUCGGGGGGAGGGGGGGACAGAUAAUUAAUGCCAAACAUGAAAUUAGACCGUUUGUCCAAGGUCAAGUCAUUAUGUGAAAGGUGUUUAAUCUGUGUGUGUACGAGUGUGUGUCCUGUUGGUGAGACAUGCAGUAAGAGCAUAUAAAUUGGGAGGAACGUUACAUGAUCCAAGAGCCAACCCAGAUGAAUCCCGAGUGGGUUCUGUCUCUUCAGGGCAGAAAGCGGCACGAGUGUCAGCAGGCGGAGCUAGAGAGAGACGGUAAUGAACUGACAGGUUCAGAGUGUUGAUAAUCUUCAGUAUUUCAGCAUCUCUUUCCUCGCUGUACGUGGAAGGAAGGCAGGAUGGAUAUGAGAGUGCAAAGUGGCGCGCACACACUCGAUAGCUUCCGGCCCACAACUAAAGGAAAGGCAGGAGGGGAUUGGUGACCCUCUGGUGUGGAUGAUUGGUCUCGAUGGUCUAGAAGGCACAACGAAACCCUAUUAAGAUAAAGCCAGAAACACUGAGACAGAUGCAUUCGUACACACACACACACACACAGACACACUAAAGCGCAUUGUAACACACUGCAGUUUGGUCAAAUGGAGUUUAGGCCUCUUCUGGGAGAUCUGAAGGUGAUCGAGCGUUUGUCGUGUCCCUGGUUCUCAUGGUUAAAGUGGAGGGAGCGUUCCCUCACUUUCUUACUGUCAUCUUGGUUCCUGCUCUCAAAUUUCUUUUUUUCUUUUUUUUUUUUUUUUGGUCCUUUCCACAUCAUAGAAAAACAAAAAAUAUUAAGAAGGAAGUGAAAUAAAUUAUUUCUGGAAUGA